AAAUAAUAAAACCCUGCAAAGUCAAUAAGGGCAAGCUCUGCCUUUUGGGUUUUGGCAGCCAUCAUUUGCCCUUCAAAGACUCCUCAUGAAGACUACAACAACGUGGUGGCUUCAUAGAGUUUUCUUUCUUUCUCUCUCUCUCUAAGAGAGGGUCAAGCAUCCAAAUUUCAAGUCUUGUGCAGCUUUUUCUCUUUCAUUUUCUGGGAAAGCUAGAAGAUUGGUGGAUCGAAGAGGUAGAUGUUGAGUGAUAGAGGAAGAAGUUGAGGUGGGAUUGAAUUAUAUGGAUAACUUGUGUUGCUUCAGGUCUGUCUAUUCUCAGGUUGUAGGAGGGCGAUCUUCAUGUAGCUCCGGCAAGGGUAGGAGCCAUCAGGGCCCUGUCAAGUAUGGCUUUAGCCUAGUAAAAGGAAAAGCAAAUCAUCCAAUGGAAGAUUUUCAUGUUGCAAAAUUUGUGCACUCUCAGGGCCAUGAACUUGGACUGUUUGCCAUCUAUGAUGGGCACUUGGGAGACAGUGUGCCUGCCUAUCUUCAGAAGCAUUUGUUUCUGAAUAUCUUAAAGGAUGAGGAGUUUUGGACUGAUCCCAACAGGUCCAUUUCGAAAGCCUAUGAGAGAACAGACCAGGCAAUUCUAUCGCAUAGUCCUGACUUGGGACGAGGUGGAUCUACUGCAGUUACUGCAAUUCUCAUAGAUGGCCACAAGUUAUGGAUUGCCAAUGUUGGAGACUCACGAGCAGUUCUUUCAAGGAGAGGGCAGGCAGUACAGAUGAGCAUUGAUCAUGAACCCAAUACCGAGCGUGGCAGCAUUGAGGACAGAGGUGGCUUUGUCUCAAACAUGCCAGGAGAUGUUGCAAGGGUGAAUGGUCAGCUGGCUGUAUCGCGAGCUUUCGGAGACAAGAAUCUCAAGACUCACUUGAGGUCCGAUCCAGAUGUCCAAAGUUCUGAUGUUGGAUCAGAAACUGAUGUUCUCAUCCUUGCAAGUGACGGUCUAUGGAAGGUCAUGUCUAAUCAAGAGGCAGUUGAUAUUGCCAGAAAGACAAAAGACCCGCAUAAGGCAGCCAAACAAUUAGUAGCUGAGGCAUUAAACAGAGACAGCAAGGAUGACAUAUCCUGCAUCGUGGUUCGUCUCAAGGGGUGAAAUAGAAACGAAAUGACUCACUUGGAUUCUGGGAUUUGUAUAUCAGGGUUUCUUUUGGCUCAGGAUGCAAGGACAUAUGUUAUGAUCCAACUCCAGCGUCGAAAUCUCAUGAAACGAGCGCAAGUGUGGAAUCCUUGUCAAUAUAUAGUCUAUGUAUUUCUCCCUUGGCUUCCUCUGUAAAAUUUUACUUUCUUGCAAUCAGGUUGUGUGAUUAAUAUCUCUUCAUCUCUUGGACUUGUAGAUACAUACAUCACUGUAAUACUGUAUUUUGCAUUGUGGCUUUGGAUUAAUGUUGAAUCAUCGGUUGAUUUAUAUAUGCAUGUAAUAGAGAAGCAUCCUAUUGAGAAUAAA